AUAAUGAAGAAGAACAUAACGAUGAAGAUUCAGAAUAUGUACCUUCGGAACAAAGUUUUUCACACGAUAGUGAAUCUCCACAAAAUAAUAUUUCUAACAAGACAUCCACUUCACGUAAUAAUAAAUCUUCGCAAAAUAAUACUAACGAAACAUCCAUUUCUAGUUUCAAUGCAUCAGAAAGUAACAUUAUUAUCACAUCCUCAUGCAAUGACGAAUUAAUGCAUGUUCAAAACUCUAAGAUAAAAUCCACUAAACGAAACUGUUGCGUUUUUUGCAAAAAGUUGCAAUCGCAACUCGCACGUCAUUUGGAAACUGUACACGGUAAUGAGCUUGAAGUACAAAAAUUUGCCGUUUUGCCAAAAAACAAUCUGGAAAGGAAAGAAAUAAUAAAUAACUUAAGAAAGAAGGGUAACUUUAUGUUUAAUACAGAUAUUGAAAUUAAUAACGGAGAACUUCUUGUAUCCAGACGUCCAAAUGAAAACAUUAAUAAAACUGCAACUGAUUUUGCUCCUUGCCCGAAAUGUUGCGGUUAUUUUGCUAAACAUACACUACGUCAUCAUGUUCGAAAAUGUUCAAAAAAAGAUUUUCGAAAGAAUAAAAUUAUUAUGACUAUGAGCAGAAAAGUUGCGAGAAGGAUACAUCAACGAGCAAAUGAGCUUUUAAGAAAUGUAGUAUUUCCAAUAAUGCGAGAUGAUACAGUAACACGAAUUGUGAGAUAUGACGAAUUGCUGAUCAUAUAUGGUACAUUGAAGAAAAUAAAUAAAACCACAGAAGAUUUUCAGUCGCUCUAUCAUCCAAAAGUAUACGAUGAUUGCAUUUCUGCAAUUAAUGUAGUAGCUGGAUAUGAUAGUGAACAAGUACUUUAUAAAACUCCCGCAGUAGCAGCCAGUUUAACAAGUUAUAUUAAAUAUAUAGGUAAUCUUUUAAUUAUAGAAUGCAUCAAGAAAGAAGAUGAAAAGAAAAAGAAGUUAGUUGAGGAUUUUUUAAAACUGUUAGUUAUGGACGUCAGUACGAGUGUUAAUAAAACUGUCUUAGAGACACAAUCGGCUAUUAAAAGACUGACAUUAACUUCAAUGCAUGUCUUUAAUAGAAGACGAGCAGGAGAAAUAGAACGAGUUCUUAUUCAAGAUUUUGAAAGUUAUGAAAGAUUAAAUGAAAAUAUGUACAGUGAUAUAUAUAAUUCAUUAUCGGCAAAGGACAAAAAAACCGCACAAAAAUAUGUCCGAUUCUGUAUAAGAGGAAAAUUAGGACGUACCGUACUCGUAUUACUGCCAAAUGAUCUCUUCAAAUGUGUUAUUUUAAUUUUGAAAUUUCGGAAAGAUGCUAACGUAUCAAAAAAGAAUCCUUAUAUUUUUGGACUACCCAGUUUGAACAAACAAAGAUUCCGGUACCUUAGAGCCUGUGUAUUAAUGCGGAAAUUCGCAAAAGAGUGUAAUGCCAGUCAUUCAACUACUUUGCGUGGUACAACACUGCGGAAACAUAUAGCAACACAUUGCAUUCAAUUCAAUCUCAAUGAUACUGAAGUUACGGAUCUUGCAAAAUUUAUGGGCCAUGAAGAUAAAAUUCAUAGAGUGCAUUAUAGACAAUCACAAGCGAGUACGGAUAUCCUCAAAAUAUCUCAAUAUUUAGAAGCAGUGCAAGGAAACGUGUCUUCAAAUGCACAGAAUUCAAACGAUGAAUCUGAUUCGGAUAUGGAACUUGAAGAUCAAAAUAAUUCAGAAGUAAACAUUUGUUCUAACAACGAAAUAG